AAAUCCAAUGUUUUCGAUUUUGAAAUUACAGACACCAAAGUCCUCACCUCCUUUCUUCUUGCUCAAAAGCAGGAUUGCUACAGAAAUUACAGAAAGCGGAUUUGUAUAGAAGGAAUUUGGUAAUUACUUAUCUCGGCUGUGAAGAGGAGAAUGUUUGUUGCUCGAAGUAUUCAAGCUGAUCAUAAAGAUCUCAUACAUGAUGUUGCAUAUGAUUUCUAUGGCGAAAGGUUGGCUACAUGUUCUAGCGAUCAGACAGUUAAGAUCUGGGAUCUAGGAGAAGAUAAGCAAUGGCAUUGUACUGCAUCAUGGAAGACUCAUUGUGGAUCUGUUUGGAAAGUAACUUGGGCACAUCCCGAGUUCGGACAAAUUAUUGCCACAUGUUCCUUCGACAGAACUGUAGCAGUAUGGGAAGAAUUAGGUCCCGAAGGUUCAGUAGGCGAGAAAUCCCAGUCACAAUGGGUAAAAAAAAUAAGCUUAGUAGAUAGUAGGACACCUGUUACUGAUGUUAAGUUUGCUCCAAAACAUCUUGGUUUGCAAAUGGCCACUUGCUCAGCUGAUGGUGUAGUUCGAAUAUAUGAAGCACCAGAUGUAAUGAAUUUAAGUCAGUGGUCUUUGCAUCAUGAAAUUCCGUGCAAACAUCCUUGUAGUUCAAUCUCUUGGAAUCUUAGCAGGAUGCAUCCCCCAAUGAUUGCAGUUGGGAUUGAUGAGUCUCAGCAAACUGCUGGUGGCAAAGUAGUUCUUUGUGAAUAUAAUGAAAACAGUAGGCGCUGGCUUCGUGUUGAAACAUUACCAGUCAAUGAUCCUGUGUAUGAUAUAGCCUUUGCUCCAAACCUAGGACGAUCAUACAACCUUUUAGCAGUAGCAACAAAAAACUUACAGAUAUUUAUUGUAAAGCCUGUAGAUGAUCAAACUGGAACUGGUGUACAGGAAGUCAGUUCAAAGUAUGAAAUUAGGCAAGCAGGGCAAUUUGAUAAUCAUAAUUCACAG